AUGGACUACAGAGGUGAUUCCCAACCGCAUCAGCAUUCCAUGAUUCGAGGCUAUCCGUCAGCCGGACCGUCCAGGGAGCAAACAGCCCUCCCAUCACAACGUCGAGCCUAUGACGGUGAACAUUUGCAGCCUGGAAGCACUAGCAGCUCAAUCAGAGGAGCUGCCGGCUGUGGUGUUGCCACGGCUGGAGGAAGCAGUAGUGGUGAAAGUAGUUUUCGCUCUCGGCUUGGGGGUUUCGUUGGACCCGACAUCGAUGCCAAUCUAACCCCAAGCUUGAGUGAGAGUUCUGUCUCAGAUUCAGAGCGCGCAUUCAGAGCGGCUUGGCGGUCAACAUCGCCGUCGGCAGAAGGACUUGAACCUAAGAUCCAUGGACGAGAUCCAAGACUCUUGGUCUGUAAGAAAACAGAAGACUCUGGACAAGGGUGUAAUAGCAAAGAGGCCAAAUUGCCGCUUGAGUCAUCACCAAAGUUGGACGGUGUCACUGCCCGGCUUGUCUCCCCAAUGCUUAGUGGCCUGACUUUAAAACCGCCGAUCAUCUCAAUCCAGACGAACACCCCACCUUCUGGCUCAUCAGAGUCAUCUUCAUCACAAGGCAACACACCAGUUCAGAAACAAGCAACUGGCCAACUUGGAGAAGAGCUGAUGGAAGCUUGCAGACAUCCGGAGCAGCCGGUAGCAGCAAUGCUGUAUCCAUCAGAUGGGCAGGCAAACGAGCGUGAGGCAGACUCGCCGACCCCAUCCACAGUCUCUUCGAACCUGGCCUCAUCGCCAAGUAAGGGCAUAGCACCAUUACAACCACUACACUCUACCAUGCAAUCGUUUCAUCGGCAAGAUGAAUCAGUAAUCAGUCCGAUCAGUAAAUGUGUGAACCAACCAUUAGCGUCGGCAAAAACUACGAUCUGUGACACGAACCGACGGGCCGGUUUAAUUGGCCUGGAUUCCCAAGGCAUAAAGGCUAAAGGAAAUCAAAGAAAUGACGAUCGGAAUGCCCAUGCAUUUCGACUAAUAUCCAAUUGGCAGAGUAGAAAUGAGGAGGUAGAGGAGCAUACGGAGGAAGAGGAACAAAUUGAAGUGGAGGUUGAUGACUACGAAUCCAUUGUAGAAUCGAGACUUUGCGGUAAUACAGAAGAUCCAGCUAUGCUAGGUACGUAA